AUGCCCGAUCACCUGAUGGACUGGCUGCAAGACAAGGCCCUCGGCUGGUCUCACCGUCCUCCCGUCAACAAGGUCGACACUCACCAUCACUUCGUGCCUCCCUUUUAUCGCAAAGGUUCUAGCCUCACAUGCAUGAAUGUCGCCCACCAGCUUACAAGAAAUGUAGCCGUAGAAGACGCCGGAGGUGACCCCAGUGGAUGGCCGACUCCCCACUGGUCGGCCACUCGCUCUGAGCUUCUGAUGAACCGUCUGGGUGUUCAAACCGCCAUCCUAUCCGUGACAGCGCCGGGGGCCUGUAUCCUCAAAGGAACAGCCUCCUUUGCGCUAGCCCGCCAGCUCAACGAGUACGCCGCCGAACUUCGAGACCGCAACCCUCAACGCUUUGGCUUUUUCGCCUCCCUCCCAAGCCUCCUUGACACCGACGCAACUCUUAGCGAGAUUGCCUACGCCCUCGACACCCUACACGCCGACGGUGUUACUCUAUUUACCAGGUACGGGGACUCGAAUGUCUACCUAGGUCAUCGCUCACUAGAGACGAUCUGGGCGGAACUCGACCGCCGUAAGUGCGUAGUCUUCAUCCACCCCACGCAUCCAGUCGAUACCACCCCUGUCAACCCCAAAAUGCCCCAACCGGUGGUGGACUACCCGCACGAAACCACUCGUUCUGCCAUGGAUAUGAUUCUGCAAGGUACUCGGUCUAAAUACCCAAAUUGCAAGGUUAUAUUGUCCCAUGCAGGCGGCGCGCUGCCGUAUCUCAUUAGCCGUGUGGCGACGCCGAUGCGUCGGGUGCCGGAUGUGGCGGCUUCAUAUAGAAUGGGCACGACUUAUGAGCAAGUGAUGCGUGACUUUCGCAGCUUCUAUUAUGAUCUGGCGCUGUCGUCGUCGCCGCAGGUCCUGGAUAUGGCUUUGAAGACGAUUCCGAGGGAUCAUUUGUUAUACGGGAGUGACUUUCCCUAUGCCCCUGCGCCCGCCUAUCCUGGCUUCCUGGAGGAUCUGGAGAGUUACGAGAUGGAGCAGGAGCUCCGGGACAUGAUCAAUUUCGGGAAUGCAACCAAGCUGAUUCCAAGAUUAGCCAGAGGGAAUGACCGUAACUUGCUAGCAUAA